CCCUAAUCAAUUUCAAUUCAUCCAAACAUCAGAUUCAGCUUUGUAAUUUGAACAUGAAAUUUCAUAUUCAAAUGUAAUUCCGACUUUUCCGGCAAUAUUGGUUUGAGCAUUACUCCACCCAACAUCCCAAACAGUAAUUACAAUAUAAUUUUCGAUCUCAACAACACCGCACUUUUGUUAAAAAAAUGUUGAUUUUAAAAAAUAUUUAUUUUAAAGUAAUAGACUUGAGGUUUGGGUUUCGUUAUUCCAGCCACAUAUAAAAUUAAGUGGAUUGUUUGCUGCUUGGAAUUGAUUAAGAACUAAUUCCUUGAGCUUAAAAAUAUUUGAACGGACUGAUAUAAGGAGGAAUUCUGAACUUCCAUUAUUGAGUUCUUAUGAGUUCAAAUUAACUAAUUUUGCCAAUUUGAAAUAACAAAUUCUGGAAUAGCUUGUUCCCAGCCAAACAGACCCCUAAUAAUUUAGUUAAUGGAAUCUUGACUUUAAAAAAAAUAAUUAAAAGACUUUCUUUUUCCUAUUCAUCACAAAUAAGUAAAGUUGAGUCACUGUGUUUACUCACAUUCUUCACUCCUCAGUCCAGAAAACCAUCGUUUUGCUCCCAAUUUCUCUUAUUCUGAGUUGACAUGUCUACCAGACGCCAUCAAUCUGAUGAAGAUCCUCCGGUUAUCAAACUUAAGGUUAUGAUUGACAAGACUAGAAAUCGAGUAAUCUUUGCAGAGUCGGACCAUGAGUUCAUUGAAACACUAUUGUCAUUCUUGACAGUCCCUUUAGGCACAGUUUUAAGACUUCUUGAAAAAGAUACGGUUCAACUAGGGUCCAUUAGCCGCAUCUAUGCCAGUGUUUAUUCUCUUGAGCCUAGGUUCUUGCGUACAAGCUAUUGCAAAUCUAUGUUGAUCAUGCCCCGAAACACAUCAGAAGUUCAAUGUGAAAAGUUGAAGCUCAAUGUUGAUCAUUCAGAGAUUGCAGGGAAGUUGUUUGCAUGUUCUUCAUACUCUUGCAAUGAAAUCAAUAACUUGUAUAGUCUCUUUGAGAAUGCACGUUGCCGUUGUGGUUCUCCAAUGAGAUCACCAAUAAGUUUUAAAAAGAAAAGAGAGGAUGGAAGUUUUUCUGAAGAGUGGUGCAGCGAGCUUUAUGAUCACCGAUGAUUUACAGAUAAUGCCAGCCUCAACUGCUAGCUUAACUGCUUUGUUUGGAAAGCUUGGAGUCAGUGACAAGAAUGAAAUCGAGGCAAAGACCGUAGAAGUUGGCACUAAAGAGGUGCUUCAACUGCUGAAAGUUUCAUUGCUCUCCAAGACACCUUUGACAGAUAUGGUAUUGACUAGCCAGGGGAAUUGGGUGAAAGAUACAUCAAAGUUUGAAGAUUCCCUAAGUGCCAAGUUAGACAAGAAGGCCGUGUCUCAAAACUCAAAUAGUAUGAGCCUGAAGCUUAUAGUUAGCAAAAGUAAGCAAAAGGUUCUGUAUGCGGAAGCUGGGGUCAAGCUUGUAGACUUCCUUUUCAGUUUCCUUGCAUUCCCUUUAGGGGCUGUGGUAAAGCUUCUAGGUGGAAACUCAAGACUUGGGUGCAUCGAUAAUUUGUACAAGGGCGCUGAGAAUUUGAGUUCAGAAAACUAUAUUAAAUCAGAAGAGUGCAAAAAUAGGCUACUCUCUCCGAAAUUGUUCCCAUACUCUGGUUUUGACAGUCAUAUUCUUCGGGUGGAAGAGGAAUGCCCAAAAUACCGAUAUGAUGGCUUUGGAGGUUUAGCAUUAGUAAGGAACACUAAAAAAUCGAGUGAUCAUCAAUAGAAUGUGAGGAAGAAGCUAGAAGUUUGGCCAUCAUUUUGGAUCCGAAAUCUCCAUCAGGAGAAACUAUAAAGGGUGAAGGAUACUUGAAAGGACCUGCAACAUUUAUGAUAUUGGAUAAUCUUCUAGUGACUCAAUUUUCCCCUACCUCGAUCAUAACUCUUCUUAAACAAAUGAAGGUGUCAACCAAUGACUUGGAGGAGCGCAUUGUAUUCAUUGGAGAGUAUGAGGCCCUGAAUUUGCUGAAAGCUUCUUUAAUCUCAAAAACAGUUCUAAAUGAUGUUUUCAACAGAAGGGAACCCUAUCCCGGGGUUAUGCUUAAAGUGUGAACUUACAAACACGAAGGAGACGCGAUCAUCAUGGUGUAUGUAUUUGGUCUAAGAGAUGUUAUUGCCAUAUGGACUAUUGUGUGAAUUUUAUCACAUCUACUGUUGAUUGUAUAUGUAAUAUGUACAUACUAGCCACCACAUUACUUGAACCCGAGUAGGCUGUGGAUGAAAUUGGCUAUGCCAACAAAUCUUGUCUUCUUAUCUACUGGCAAUGUCAACUAAUUAUGGUGGCUGUUACAGCGUUGCAUCUUAUUACUACUUUUUUUUGGUUCCAAAAGAGAUACAUAUAUUAGCUAGCAUCAAUACAUAAGGUUGUGCUCUUACAUUAUGGU